AUGCAUAAAAUUCUUCUCGUUACUUUUUCACCAAAGCAUUCGGGGAAGCCGAUAGUUGAUCAAAGUGUUUAUUAUUUGCCCAAGAAGUAUUACAGCUGUUCUAUAGAUGAGCUAUUUGAAUACUUUGCACAAUCUGUUGAAUCAUUUCUGGAAAACAAAGGCGUAAUCCAAUACAAAUGGAAUGCGAGCUUUUCCUUUCCCUAUGCUCUGGUUCAGGACAGUUUAAAGCAUGCAUACGUUCACUCGUGGUCAAAGAAUUUCAGCGUUCGGCAAAUGUUAGGUGCCGAUAUUUAUUCAAAUUUCCAAAAAGCACUGAACAAAACGUCCGCAAAAGUUAAACUGCAUGCAGUUUUGAAUGACUGUGUGCAACUCCUUGCAGCUUCAUGUGUAGGUGACUCGGAGUGCGCAAUGGCAAUGGUUCUCGGUGAGGGCGUAAAUGCGGCCUACGUUGAGGAUCUCUCCAAUUUCAAGCGAGACGAAAAAUUCGAUGACAACGCCAAAUUUGUUGUAAUUAACACGGAGCUAUCCGGCCUUGGUGAAUGUGGAUCCCUCCGCCGAUUUUUCACCGAAUUCGACAGGCGGCUUGAUCGUCUUUCAGCCAAUCCUGGAUAUCAGACGUAUGGGACAUCGGAUCCA